GUGCAGCUUGUUUGGUUUUUUUACACAGUUGUUAUCAUUCAUCAGACUGUUGCUUGAUUUCAAAUUUCAGAGAUGGUGAAGGCAAAAUAAGCCUUUAAAGGAAGUAUCUUCUUUUUACUGCUGUGGGUAUUUGCAGGAUCUGGAUUGCUCUUGAACUAAUGAAGAUCCCAUUGUUUCCUCCCACUGUGGUACAGCUUGCCAGCACGCUAGCCAAUUAACGUGUCUGAAAGUUUAUUACAGAGUAAACCUGCAACAUGAAAAUAAGCAAAAAUAUUGUUACUGCAGCUCUGCCAGAGCCUCCUUGCCCUGCUUUACCAGCUCUGCAUCCCUGUGGCUGCUCAAAUGGCUACGCAGGCUGUCAUCCAGCUCCUACAGCAAGAAAUCUGAACUACAGAAAUCCUACUGAGAUGGGAAAAAUCAUCAUUUAUGAGCAUGCCAACUUCCAGGGUUACUCUAGGGAAUUCACCAGUGACAUUGCCAAUCUAAAAGAUGUAGAUUGGAAUGAUUGUAUCUCCUCAGUGAAAGUAAUUGGCCAGCCUUGGGUGGCUUAUGAGCACCUCAACUAUACAGGCCAGUUACUGGUAUUUGAGGAGGGAGACCAUGGCUUUGUUGGUUCGCAGAUGAAUGACAAGAUCACUUCUCUGAAGGUGAUCACCGAAAAUCUGCACAAUCCCCAGAUCACUCUCUAUGAACAUGCCCAAUAUCAAGGGAAGAGCAGGGUGAUAAACACAGCAACCAAUCUGGCUAGGGGACACGACAAUGACAUCAUAUCUUCUCACAAAGUCCAGAGAGGUGCCUGGCUGUUGUGUGAACACAGCGAUGGAAGUGGUUUUCGUUACAUUGCACGAGAACAUGAACACCUUCCAAGUUACGAAGCAAUCAGUUUCAAUGACAAGCUUUCAUUUCUGCGUCCCCUUCUCCCCGGCAAGAGCUGUUAGACUGCAAAUCCUGCAACGCUGAGAGAAGAUGCAGCCCCAGCAAGAAAUCUGAGACCUAGAUGUCUGCCUGUGCUUGUAUUGCUUUUUUCCCCCUGUGUCACAGAAACACUGAAUGGGAGAGCUCUCUUUCAUGCUGCACUGCAGAUCUGUAUUUCUUGAUCCUGCCUUGCACUGUUCUCUCUCCCCAUAAUUCCCACGAAUGCAAGAACUAUCGUAUUUGGUCAAAUGAAAGAAACUCAAGGAUAAGAGACAUGCCAGGGGUGUGUAACCUAUUGCACCUGCAGCUGGCAUUCCGAUGUCCUGUACUAUGUAACGUAAAGCAUUGCAUGUUGCUUCUGUUGCUAGAUGCAUAAACAAAAUAUGACCAUAUAACCAGCAUCACUUACUUUGUUAUUUGUUUUACAAUGCUCUUGCUUUACCACGGCCUCUGCCAUUUUUUGUAUUCCAUUUUGUAUUGCUGCCAUUAAAGAAGCUAUU